AUGUACGCAUAUACACCAACCCCACCUUUGAACCAACCAUGGGGAGCAAGGAGCACUCAAGCUCCACAAAGCUGGUUCCCAGUCUGGGGAGCUCAAGUUCGCCCUCCACCACGACCGAAUGGCCCAGCGCCUGAUCGUGAUCUACAGAGGGAGGGAGGUCUUCCUGGGCGGGAUAAACUGGUUGUUUCCGUUGAUUUUGGCACCACGGAGUCUGGGGUGGCGUAUUCAUCUUCGACGUUCACGGAUCCGCGGAGCAGGCUGGUCCUGAAUUGGCCUGGAACAUAUGAGAUUCAUCGGAAGAUACCCACCUGUCUCGUUUACGAUGCCACUGAGCCAGAGUCCCUCAAAGCCGAAGCAUCAAUCCAGAAGCUUUUGCCGAAGCUGCCGCCCGGAAAAAUGCCCCUUGAUCUUGUCACCGACUUUCUGGCCAGCUUAUGGGACCACGCAAAGCAGGAAAUCAUUAAAGAUGCUCAUUACACAGACAGUGAACUCGAACGUGUAGAAGUCUAUUUGACUAUUCCAUUGACAUGGAAUAAGGAGGGGAUUGCGAUCCUCCGGGAGGCUGCUAUCAAAGCAGCUCUCGUCCAAGGCGUUGGCGCUGGCGAUAACCAGUGGCGAGAUCGCUUACACCUUGCCACUGAGGCCGAGGCGUCUUUCGUACACUGUGUUCUGAACCUGGUUGUCCCCCCUCAUAUUCAAGAACGACCAUUGAACACAGGCAAGCAGUUUCUCGUUUGCACUGCUGGGGGUAGAUCAGUGGAAAUUUCGAGCUACAAGGUCACGGAGAUUGGGAGCUCGAGCAUACCAGAAAUUGCUGAGAUGCCCCGGCGAAGCGGGUUUAUAGUUGCGGUAGCUCUUUUCUUGAUGUACGUUUCCGCGAACUAG